CAUCCCCUACCUCUCUGUUCACCACACCCCGUGGACACAGAGGGCUCGUCCAUGGUUGGGGAUCACCACGCGGCGUGCAUCCAGCCCCCUCGGCCUCCUACUUGACUCCCAUCGAUGCCUGCGAACCCUAGCCUCUCCACUUCUCCCCCCUCGCGCCGCUUUCUUCCACGCGCAGCCGCCCACCGCUGUUGCUUCCAUGAAUGUCGUCGUCCAUGUGGUCUCCGCCCGCCCUGCACCGCGAGGCCAUGCCCAGGAGGCGCGCUGCCCUCGACUACGUCCUCUAUGCCAAGACAUCGGAGUCGGGGACCACCACCACGCCGGAUCCGACCGUCUUCUUCCUCGACGGCCGCCGGCGAUCCCCAAUGAUUCCGGUGCCUCUGCUGCUCCUAAGCCCACGCCGGGCCUCCUUGUGCCUUCCCGGGAGCUCCGACGCCCUGUAGACCCGCGCCCCCAUCGGACCUCCUUCCUCCGCAUCCGGCCACGCCGCCGGCAAGCCCUGCCUCCGCCGCCUCGCCAAGUUCUGCCGGCCUGCUGCCUCCUCUGCAUCACGCCGGUGCACCUGGCCUCCUCUGCAUCGCGCUGUCCCCUGCUUCUGCAUGCGAGGAGGACGACCAGCGCCAAGUCCCCUCGCCCGCGCGUUGACCAGUCCAGCGCCAGCCUGGACGAGCGCCACUCGCCGCGCGAGGCCUCCUCUACUUCGCUCGCAGCCCAGGCCCAGCGCGCCUUCCCAAGGCCCAAUGUGAGCAGCCCCAGUCUUUUCCUCUGUCGGGCCAGCUAGUUUCAGCCCGUUCUGU